AUGCCGAAGCCACUUUCCGGUCCACGUGACCACACAAACCCACUAAUAUGGUGCGCCGCCAUCAUCUGCGCCGCCGUCGCCGUGGCGGUGAUAGUCGCCGGCGCCGUCGUGUUCAUCGGCUACCUCGUCAUCAAGCCGAGCGUGCCCCGUAUCGGUGUCGCGAGCGCCGCCCUCGACGCCGUGUACUUCGACCAGACGAGCUCCCUCACCGUCCAAGUCACGGUCGUGGUUCGGGCCGAGAACGACAACCCGAAGGCCCGAGCCAGCUUCUCCGGCACCACAUUGGGCCUGAGCUUCCGCGGCCAGAAGAUAGCCUACCUGGUGGCGGGGGCGUUCGCCGUCGCCGCCAACAGCACGGUGGAGCUCAACUACGUGCCGCAGUCGACUCCGAUCCCGCUGGACGCGGAGGACGCGGCGGCGGUGAGCUCGUCGCUGCGGCGGAGCGUGAUGGACUUUGAGCUGAAAGGGACGACGAAGACUCGGUGGAGAAUAUGGCUUGUCGGCUCGGCUAAGUUCUGGCUGCAUUUGGAUUGUCGGCUCCAUUUGCCUGUUAAUGGGACUGUUGUAUAUCCACGGUGUAGCUCAAGGUCUAAAUAA